CAGCUUGCAGUACUGACAAUGUUUCAAAAGGGGAAAUUCCUUGUCACGGUACUAAUGAAACGGGUUCAUGCAUGGAGCAGUAUGGACGCACGGGCUAUAUAAACCCCCAUUCAGAUUUCAGACACCACCCGAACUGCAAUAGAUGUAGAGUUGAACAGAAUUCUAUAGGCCAAAGAUAUCUUUUUUGAACAGUGAGAAAAUGGAGGCCAGGAAGAAGAGGGCACUUGUUGUGAUGGUUGUGGUUCUGGGGUUGCUUGUGGGGCAGUCUGCUGCUUCUUUCAAGGACUGCUAUGCCAAAUGCUUUAUUUUCUGCAUGAUUGAGCCUUCUCAGACUCUUUGUUCCUGCUCCACCCACUGCUUGAAAGAUUGCAUCUUUCCGGAAUCCCAGAAUGAUCUUCGUGAGGAUCAAAAAGAUAACGUCAACUUCUGCAAGCUUGGCUGUGCCGUCUCCAUUUGCUCAAGCAUAAGCUCAAAAGGCAAACCAAAUGGAGAUAAAAUGGAUGACUGCGUCGGUUCCUGCUCGAAGACUUGCACCAAGAGUUGGUCAUUACCUUAGCUUAAUCUUGCAGCCUUUAAUAUCUACCUUAUUGGGGUCAUAACUCAUAAGUCGUCACUCAUUACUACCAUUAGAACUUCUCUCUCUCUCUCUUCUAUCAUAUUGGGAUUAUUCUCCUCGAAUUUACACCAGGGACGCUUACGUAAUUAGUAGAUUAGGAACUAGUUUCUUUCUCUCUGUAAUCAUGCAAUUUAUGAGCUUGGCCUUUUAUUGUCCGAAAGUCAAGUUUAAAGGAGAUAGUCUGAAAGGUUCAGCAGGUUUUUCAA